AAUGAUGGUUCCAAUGGUGCAGCACGAAGAGGAAUAUUAUUAAAGCAGUUUGAAGAAAGGAAAAGACUUUAUGUACUACGUUUAUCUUCUAUCUCCAGACUUCCAGUUCUACAAAACAAUUAAGGAUACUAAAGAAUAAAUCAGUGGCGUGGGUUACCUGUCUCAAACGUCCGAGAGAGAUUGGAUCGAGUGGUUACGAAUAGAUAUUUGAUGCCAAAUUUGAGGAAGUGAAAUCAAGUGAGAUAUGAGAAGCGUAAAGAUGAGAGGUCGUUUUGUCUGCUGUGUUUUGGUAAUUGGGUAGAUAUCUUGAUUAUGCACAUGAAAAGAGAACAAAAAGAAAAAGAGGUCCUUUCAUUGUAUACGUCUCCGUCGCGUACUUUUCAUUCCGCUCGUCUCUCCUAGCGGAAGAAACACAUAUUUUGCUAAUAAACUCAUAUCAGACAGAUUAAGCUACUUCUCCCGGCUGGGGACAACACAACAGACCCUCCUGUAAGCUCUCCGGACAGACUCUAGGCCAGACUCUCCAGACACACACUCUAGGCCAGACCGGGAAAUAGUUACUGCGGGCGCGCGCGAUUAUUAUCGUGACGUCACAAGUAGUAUAAUCGAUGGAAUCGAAUUGUUAUUCGGGAAUAUGGAGCCGCAAGAAGUCAAAGUAGUAGUUUAUGCGGCGAGAAAUUUACAAUCAAAGCGAGAAGAUGUCUGCUGCGCUUCAGUCGUUUUUGGCAUCGGAAAAGAGAAAUUUCGUACGGAAGUAGUGAAGGAAAACAAUCCGACAUGGAAUGAAGAAUCUGUAAUAAAACUAGGCAAAGCGGCGCCUCUUGUUUUCACUGUAUUUGACAAAGAAGAUGUACUGGGAACUGUUACCGUUCCUCUGGCCCAGAUCCCCUCGGCUGCACAUCGACGAAGAUGGAUGCCACUGACCAAUAAAAAUGCACCUUCGAAUGGAGACCUUUGCCUUGAUUGUUGGGUUGUGUCAUUUAGGAAGAGUACAGCAACAUGGACAUCGGCAUUUAAAACUAGUUUUCUACCUUCCAGUAUGAUCAAAGAUCGAUCAAAAAGACGACAGUCAAUAGAAAUGGCGUCCAUCUCUCUAAAAGGAUCGCACUCGCAAGAAAAUUUAUACACAGACCUUACACUCAAACCAGCUUCCGAUAAAGACUUGAAGCGCACUGAUAGUGGCAACCUCACGCGUCCCCUACCCCCUCCCCCUUUAGUAAAUGGCGAUGUUCCGUCAAUAGCAGACACAAAGCAGAAGUUUGCUUUUAGUUUUCGGCCGCGCCUGACUCCAACCCUCGGGCAGAUCAUGUCAGGGAGUGGUCCCCCGGAGAUUACUGUAGUUACACCUAAAUGUGGCCCUGCAUCCGGGGGGACAAAGAUCACGAUACGAGGAGCCAAUCUUGGUACUUCCAAAGAUGAUAUCUUGUCACUUAGUAUCAAUGGCUCAGAUGUUAGAAGUACAAUGGAAUGGCAUUCACCGGCAAAACUAACAUGUAAAACCAAACCUUGGGGUGGCAGUGGACCUGUUGCUGUUGUCACAAAGACAGGAGGUCGCGGCACGUCUAUGGUCAAGUUUACUUUUCAGGAAGAGAAAGCGGAAAAAAUCAAAGAUAAUAAAGUACCAAGACAUCAAUUGUUAGAAGAAUUAACCCGAUUACGACAUGAAGUUCACGAAUUGUCGGACGAAAAAGAAGCUUUACAGAAGUACAUAGACGAUAUGAUGGUGACAUUAAUGGAAAAAUGUCCCGAGACUUCCCAUCAACCAGUGCAAGCUACUGGUUCAUCAUGAUAGAGACUUCCAUACCUCGGCAUCCUGUUCCAUGUGACUGAUACUGCCAGGGUACCCAGCACAGGUAUAAACUCCAUAAUCUAAAAUAAUAAUACUCACUGUUUAAUGACUGUUGAAGGGUAGUUACCCAACUAGGCAGGCAGGCAGGCAUGCAGCUUGUAUACUUACUAACCUCCGUAUACCCCAAGUUUAAGCCCUCUAGUAUGGAUCUACAGAAAGAUGUGACAGAUGUAACCUUUUCAACAAGUAAAUAAAUAAAUUAAAAUAAA